UCAAUGAAAUCGUCGCGUGGGGCUUCGGUUGCAGUACCAGCAUCAGUACCAGCGUCAGCAGCAUCAGGAGCUGCGAGCUGCGGAACGAGAGCGCGGCUCUCCGGAUAGGAUGAUGCCCCAAGAAGGAGGAGGAGGAGGCUGCGGUAGACCGGCUACCGUCAUCCCCACGGGCGUCAUCUCCGCGGUCAAUUUGCGACAACCUGCUACGGAAGUACCGGACAAACAACGCUGCGGCUACUUAUCCGAUGCUCUUGAAUCUCCACAGUUGCAUCAAAACAAUGAUCAGAGUUGUGACAGAAGCAGCACCAAAGGAGACAAUCGUCCAAGUUCUUCUUUGCAACCCCAUGCACUGACGCACUUUUAUGAAUCUUGGCCAACAAAACAGGAUCCGUCGUGGCUGUCAAAGUCAAACACAAUGCAAAAUGAGCUGGUUGAUCCAAUGAGUUUAUCGUUGUCUGGCAAUAACACGAGCUUUCUCUCUGAAAUGGACCAAAGCCAGAGUAGGCUUGGAACUAGAAUGGACCAGGUGCACAAUCUUCUGAGCACGCUAGGCAAUAGCGGCAGCAACAGCGGCGGACAAGAAGAUAUGAGUGCAACCUUGCUCUCUAUGAGCAAUUCGGUGGAAAGCUGCAUUGUAAUGAGGCAGUCUGGCUGCCUUCCUAUUCUAAUACAGCUAAUUCAUGCACCUGGACAGGAUCCAGACAUACGAGAGCGGGCUUCUCGAGCACUUUACAAUGUCGUGCACGCUAAAGUCGACGAAAAGUCGCGUAAGCGUGAAAUCCGCGUGCUUCGUUUGCUGGAACAGUUGAGGGACUAUUGCCAAAUGCUGAGAAGCUCCCUGGGAAUGAGGGUAGAGUCUCAGGAUGAGCUGGAAAGGCACCCAGGUAGUACAAUUGCAGCUCUAAUGAAACUCUCUUUCGACGAGGCUCAUCGGAAUGCUAUGUGCCUGCUCGGAGCCUUGUACGCCGUCACUGAACUCAUUGAGAUGGAUCAUGCGGCGCACGGAAGCGACAGCAUCGAUCAAAAUUGCAUUACGUUAAGGCGAUACGCCGGCAUGGCUUUGACCAAUCUGACAUUUGGAGAUGGCAAUAACAAAGCUCUGCUCUGCUCUUUUUGCCAAUUCAUGAGAGCUUUGGUUUCGCAACUUAGAAGCCCGAGUGACGAUUUGAGACAAGUUACAGCCAGCGUUUUGCGUAAUCUUUCAUGGAGAGCCGACAGCAGCAGCAAAAAGACUUUGCGAGAAACUGGAGCUGUCGUUUGUUUGAUGAAAGCUGCAAUGGAAGGACGCAAAGAAUCGACUCUCAAGUCCAUUUUAUCGGCUCUUUGGAACCUUUCGGCUCACUGCAGGGUCAACAAAGUCGACAUUUGUGGUGUCGAAGGCGCUCUGGCAUUUUUGGUUGAUAUGUUGACUUAUAACGCUCCUUCAAAAACAUUGGCGAUCGUGGAGAAUGCUGGCGGAAUAUUAAGAAAUGUAUCGAGUUACAUAGCCGUUAGAGACGAUUAUCGCGCCAUAGUGAGAGAACGCGGUUGUCUCCAAGUUUUACUAGCACAGUUAAAAUCUCCCAGUUUAACAAUAGUUAGUAAUGCUUGUGGUACGCUAUGGAAUCUCUCGGCGCGAUGUCCUCAAGAUCAACGCCUACUUUGGGAUCUCGGAGCUGUUCCCAUGUUACGAAGUCUUGUCCAUUCAAAGCAUAAAAUGAUAUCGAUGGGUUCAAGUGCUGCUUUGAAGAAUCUUUUUAGUGCUUGCCCAAAUGCAAGUAACCUCGUGCAUAUGGAUUCAACAGCGAGAGGUCUUGGACUUCCUACUUUACCUAGUCUAGCAGCUCGAAAACAAAAAGCUCUUGAGCAGGAGAUUGAUCAAAGUUUAGCAGAAACUUGUGACAAUAUUGAGCCAAGCAACUCGCCUACAAGCAAAGAAGAUAAAUUUUCUUUUAAGUUAGACCAAAGCUAUGCUGCAUCUAAUAGAACCGGGAAAUCCGCAAACCAUCGCCGGACACAUAAUUCAAGUCAACAAGCAGGUUCUUCAGCUCAUAAGCUGUCUUUGAAUUUUCCUCGCAGUGAAAGUAGAGAAUCCAUGCGCUCCGUCACUAGCACGCAAUCUGAUACCGUUUUUGAAAAAGUUAAUCGUCAAGCGCGGCACAGUAUGAUGCCUUCCGAGUCGCACAAUAAACAACAAUCUACGUCUUUACAUUCGGCGAUGGAUUAUACUUCUGCCAUUGCAGCUCCUGAAUCUUCGAAAGGACUUGCCGAAAAAAAAUACACUCUCCGCUACAUGAAUGCUAUUCCAGAACGUUUAAAGCCUGGCGAACCAUUACCGGACUUGCGUGGCUUGAAUUCUUGUAAUUCAACCAUAUCAUGGACCGUAACUCCAAAUCAAGAUGCUACGGCCUCAAACGGAUUUCUGCACUCGUCGGUUGAAAAUAAUUUAGCGAUUUCAAACUCUUGCGAUCAAUUAUCAUCGAAUUCUAAAGUAUUUUCGAAUUCUGAAUCUGAAAGCUUUCGCAAUUCUGUCAGUUCUAAAUCUAAAUCGGCAUCUACAUCCAAUAAUGGCAUGAAUUAUGGUACAUAUCGAAAAGGCAGCAAAAAAAUCGCAUCUCCAAUUAGGGAUGAUUUGCCAAAGAAUCAUCCUCCAAUGAAUUUUGGCAACCUUUUAAUGAAACAUUCAGAGGAAACUCCUAUGAAAUAUGAACAAAAUCCGGAGCCAGAACGAUCGGAAACAAAACCAAAAAUUCCCGAAGCUAAACAAGAAGUUUUGUUAAAUUUCAAUUGUACCAGUAAACAAAAUAAUUUUGACCUACAAUCGCAGAACGAUGUAUUAACUUCAAAAGCCGAUUCUCUUCGUUCUACUACCCCUUCUCUAGAGAGUAUGCCAACAUUAGAAGCGUGUAAUUCUUUGGAUAGUGACAGUGCUAUUUUUGAAGAAGACCGCAAUUCUGAGCGAAAUUUGAAAAUUUCAAAUUUCAGCUUACCAAUUGGAAAUUCAUGUAGUACACAGUUACUUCAAGAUUCCAAAACAGAAAAAAAUGAAAAAGCCUGUUUGAAAACUAAUAGAUUGGAGCAUACUACUAAAAAAACGGAUCACAUAAAGUCACCGGAACUAGAACAGCAAUUGCAAGACGACGAUGAUUUUAGCGAAGUAACGCAUACUAAUGAUUAUUACACGGUACAAGAAACUUAUACUCUUGAAAAGAAAAUCCAAAACGACAGUCAAAAUACUUUUGUAAAUGACGAAUGUAGUAUAUCCCAACAAUGCUCUUCGACACUUAGUUACAUUUCUGUAGAUGAUGAGAAUUCUUUGGCCGAAGUUGCUGAUAAAAAUCUAGUUGAGCCUUCUGAUAUCAAAAGCGACAAUCAACCGGUUACCUCUUCGAGCUCGGAAAAUUUUGAAUCUUUUAACUCCAUUGAAAGGUCAGAGCAAGCUCUUUUGGAGUUGUGUAUCAAGACUGGAAUGUCAAAGGCGGAAACUAUGCUGUCGGUUAACGUUUCGAGGGAUGAAAAAUCAAAAUCAAGUGACGCUGUUGACGCUUUACACAAACAAAUGAUUUCUGCAAAUAACUCUGAUUCCACUCGUGAGCCCAUCCCGCAACAAAUGGAGGGAGAAUUAACGAACAAAAGUCAGAAGCAGGAAGAAUAUCGGAGACAGCAAGAUGUAGAUGCAGCAAUAGCAUCUGUCGAUCGAUUAACAGCUGCAUUUAUUCAACAAAGUGAAGCAAUUCGUAUGAAGGAGAGUCUGUUGAGCGAAUACACGUGGAAUGAUGAAGAUUCACCUAACGAAGUGUCGUUUCCCAGCAUAAGCCUAAGCGUACCACAAGUAGCUUCAUUCAAAAGUGAUCUAGAUUCAAAUAAUCAGAGUAUCACACUAGCCUCUUUAGAGCCUUUUGCGAUGGAAGAGCACUCCUCAUGCGCUUUUCAAUGCUCAAGCAAUGAUUCUAUGACAGAAUCGAAAAUCAUCGAAAUGGAAGCCAUCAAGCUUGCAAAGGCUGUUGUUAAUGUUGACCCGAAUCAAGUUAGCUUGGCAUCUAUUAAUCUUGAUGAAAUUAAUCCCCCUUCGACAAUGGGUAGUCUUAUCUCUCUAACUGCUAGUAUUGGUCUUACAGAUAGUCAUGUUGAUAACUCUGGAGCAGAAAAGGAUCAGCCAGAUUCUCUUCCAGUUGUGUUGUCUUCAUCUUGUGGUGGCCGGAAGAAAUCUUUACCCAUUGGAGUUGUCGCGCGACGUGCCUUGAGUCAUGGACAAAAUCGUACUGCUAGUCUAGAAAACCUUUUAAACGAAUGCAACAGCGCCAAUCAUUCACAGCUGGAUAAUGUCAAGCCUCCAUCUAUAAUGGAUGAAUUGUUGGAUCUCGCGGAUAUGGAAAAUAGUAUGUUGAGUGUAGCGAGCAUAACUUCCGAAAUCGCAGAUAGCAAAGAUAAUGAUUCAGUCAGUUUGACCAAUGGUGAUAUUAAUUUCGAUCUCAUCAAACCAGUUGCCAAUGUCUUGUCACUGACUUGCAUGAAAUACGCUAAUGCCAUGCAAGGAAGUGGGAGUAAUAGCCUAAGCGAAUGCUUAGAAAAUAUUAAUCCUCCUUCUCUUUUUAACGAAGUUAAUCAAAUGGACGAGUCGACAAUUGAAUCUUCCACACGUUGCAAUGAUACAAUGUGCAGCGAUCUAGUAGACCUUGGUAGCGAUAAAACUACGAAACUUUCAUGUGCCCUAGAUGAAAGAAUCGAAGAUGUUGCCAAUGAUACGGAUUAUGCUAUCACACCGAUUUCCAGUGAAUGCUGCAGUUCUGUUGAGUCUACACCGAAGCGUCGCCUUUCGAAAAAUCAAUCAGGGCACUUAACACCAAAGCAAAAACGGCAGUUGGUCAAGGAAAGAUAUAAGACGUAUACAAUUGCAGCUGAGAUAAUUAAAAAGGAGCAAGAAGAUUUAAAGAGACAAGAACAAGCCAAUGCUAAUAAUGGAGAAAAUACAAUGAAAUGUAUGUCAGUAUUAAAACUAACACCAAAACAACGCAGGCAGGAAGACAGAGCAAGAUUCCAAACCCAGAUUUUGGAUAACUCGGUACUCAGCAAGCCUGUAAACAAUGAAAGCACAGAGAACGAGACUCGAAAGUUUGAAGGGCCUAGUGAAGAAAAGUCAAUUCCUGUUUUUAAUGCUCCGACUCCGAUAAAAAGUGGUAUUCCCAUGCUCAGAAAAUUCUCCGUUAGUAAUAGGACAUACAAGAUGAAACCAAACUCCGAGUCUCUAAGUUCGAACACCCCAACUAAAUGUGAUAAUGUAAUGAUAAAAAACGAGUCCAAAGGCUCGGGGCCAUUUUCCACCUCUAACGAAUCGGAAUUAAAUCUCACGGUCCGUGAAGCCCACGAAAACGAGCUAAUUGAUCAAGAGGAGUCACUCUCGAACUCUCCCGAUGCCAAAAGUCAAAACUUUAUUGUCGAUGUCCAGGACAAUUUGUACGAAGCACGGAAUCACUACUCGGAAAGCGAUAAUAAUGAUAGCGAUGAUUUGUCCGGUAACGAAGACGAAGGGGAGCAUCAAAAACCUAAGGGGCCCCGAAUCGUAAAACCGGGAACGCUUCGGCGUGAUUUGAGCGUCGAGUCCAACAGUACUGACAAGUCCGAGCCAGAGCCUCUGGUUAAGGGAAUCCGUGGCCGCAGAAAGCCUCUCUACUCCAAAUCGAGUACCAGAUGCUCGACGCCACAGAGCUCGCCUCUGAAGCAGAUAGUAGCCGGGGUUUCUCCCGUUGCCAUACCGCCCAUUAGUCGCAGCAACAGUUCGCCCAUCGUGCGAGCGACGAGAGCCACUACGCUUAGGCAGAACAACAGUGCCCAAAAGUGCAGCGGUGGAUUGGUGUCGGACAGACGGGUUACGGGGGCUGCCGCGAACUCUCCGAGCCAAACUUCAAGCAGAUUGCGCACCUCGAUCCCGCAAAAGUCCCCUGCGGCUCCGAGCUCAGCCUCUGCCAGACGACAGGUGGACUAUUCGCAGAAGCACUCGGAACUGCCCUUCAAAGCUUUGGAGAGACAAGGGACUUUUACCAAAGACGAGCCUGAAAUGGAUAAUGUACCUACGGUCGUUCCAGCUUCGCCUUACAGAGGAAAGCCUACCGCGAAAACGGUUAAACCCGCUGGUAACGUGUCGCCAAAAACAUCACCUGUUCACGGAAAGUCGAAAAUUUCCCCUCGAAAAUUACUUGCUCAAAGGUCCGUUGCGUCAGCCACGAAGCUUACAAAGACAACAAGCGUGGAAAAAAUAUCUGUUGGAACCAACAUUCCAAUUUUAGCGAAGCGCGCUUCGACAAAUUUGUGUUCCCCGGUGGUAAAAUCCUCGUCCAAUUAUCAAAUCGGCAGCAAUGCAGUUUCACUGGGUCAGCGAUCGAAUAGCAACUCCAGUAUAGUCUCGAAUCCUUCGAACCAAGCGAAUCGUAAAGUCAAAGAAACUGCAAGUAAAAUUGCCACUUUGUGGAAAAAAGUUGAAGACAGCAGAAAAAAUCAGCGAUACGAGAAACCCGACACGAGGCAAUGGAUUACGCCGAGUGCGCAAGUUCGCUCUCCUCGUGGCGAGAAAGAUCAGACUUGCAAUCUUUUUAGAAGUUCUACGUUUGAAGGCAUUACGAAAAUUUCAAAAGUCUCGAGUCGAGGUUUCAUUUCACCGACCGCAUAAAGUUAAACUUCCGGUCUUGAAAGCGUUUCCGUUUCGUCCCAGUGCAAAUCUUAUGAAAUAAGACAGAUUGUUAGUUUUUAUUAUUUAUUGAUUUUUUUUUAUGCUUGACUCGAUAAAAUAUAGUGUUCUCCAUUAUAUUAUCGUUUUCAAAUUUCAUGAUUAUUCACACAUUUGUUAUAAUAUUCUUGUACUCGAGUGGAUGAAAAUUUAAAAAAUUUCUCGUUUUAAAUUCAUGAAAGGCGUUUUGUUCUUUCUAUGUAAGUUACUACAACCAAAAAAAAAUAUAAAUAUAUGUUUAAGGAAUUUGCUCAAAAUAUUUAUCGUAUAAAAUGAAAAGCUAAUUAAUGGCUAAACAAUAUGAAUUACAUAUGAGUGGGAAAUUGUGAUUUAUUUUAAGAUUCACAGUCUUAAUUAGAUUUAAAAGUAUUUAAAAAAGUUAUUCUUAAGAUUUUUUGAUAAUUGUGUUUGUUUGUUUUUUUUCUUUUUUUGUAUGAGAUACUGUAAUUAAAGUGCUAGUUGAAAUACAAACAAGUGUCAAAAGAAAAUGUGAUGAUACUUUCGUUCCUUGACUUGGCUUUGCUUUAACCAAUAACGAUCCAUCCAAGUCAAAGAUCAUAUUUUAGAUAUAUGACUGAGUAACGUUUUUCCACUAAUAUUUAUUUUAACUGAAUAAUCUUUUUAAAAGUUAGUUUUGCGGCUUUCAGCCUUCUUGAUCCUUGCUGCUUGGCAGCUCCUGCAUGCGUGAUGAUUGGCAAAUAGGCUGAAGAACCCGUAUUCAGAAAAAUGUGCAACGACCAGACGACGGAUCCCUAGAGCUUGACUGCAGAUAAUUUUGAAAUAAUAAAUAAAUUUUUCAUUCAUCGCCAAAUAAUUAAUUUUGUUUUAUUUGAGUUAUAAUACCCAUGAUCUUCGACACACCUUUAUCCCUGUGCCAGGAUUUUCUUCACUUAACUAGGAAAUCAUGGGAAAUCAGUCCUAUAAGAUCGAAUUACUGUGUAAAUCAAUAUUUUGUUACAUUAAUUUUUACCUAUACGUAAAAUUUGAAAAAUAAUUGCUCCAAUGUUGAAACUUACUAUGUUCUCUUGGUUUUUUUUUGGUAUCAGCUACCUGGGAGCGACUGAGAAGUAAGGAUCGAGCAAAGUUAAAAGCCGCAAAACUAACUAUGCUGCUAAAUCAAGUAAUUUCUAGUAAGUAAGACGAUUUUGUUCAAUAAUUUUCACUAAGUACUUGUUAAAAAACAAACUUUAUUAAUCAUUUAUGUACAAAUAUACAGUUAUUCUGGA